AGGCAGGGGGGAGGCCCCGCGUUACCUCGGCCUCUAGGAGUCCCGGCGUGCAGACAAGCUCACCCCAAGGCGCCCCUGCUUCGCCAACUCCCCACUCCCGUGCCAUCCGGGACUACAGGCAUCCCCGCCGCCCGCAGAAGCCGCGGGAGCAGUCGCAGCAGCAUCCUCCGGAGAGGCGCCCCGGGCUCUGCAGCCACCGGGCCUCCUCCGGGACCGAGAGCCGCCGCCAGCUCCAGCCACUCGAUCGCCCCGGAGGGGGAACCAGCACCCUCGCGCCCCAGGAAAUCUCCACCUGCCCGGACCCGCACCCCCACCCCACCCCAGAGGGCGGGCUGGCGCAGGGCAGAGAAGGCGCCAGACCCAGGCGAUCCACACCACUGUCAACACCACCGACAGCCCAGCCGGGGCUUGCACCCAGGCCCCAAGUUCAGGGGCGACACCCCCUCAAGGAGAGGCUGAGCCCCACGACGAGCACUCCCGUCCCCGGCAACUCCGACCGGCCCACGGGGACGCCGGGACGCCUCUGCUGCCUGCGCCCCCGCGCGCUCUCCUAGAUCGCCCUCGAGCGACUCCCCGACGCCCACCUUGGCCCGCGCGCCCCACCGCCCCGCACCCCGGCUGGGCCAUGCCCGGGCUGCGCCGGGACCGCCUGCUGACCCUGCUGCUGCUGGGCGCGCUCUUCUCCGCCGAUUUCUACUUCCACCUCUGGCCCCGAGUGCAGCGCCAGCUGCGGUCCGCGGGGCGCCCUCCGGGCUGCCCUUGCUCGCUCCGCGCCUCUCCCCCGGCCGGGGCCCCGGCCGCUGCCUCCUCGGACCCCGGCACCGCAGCGCUCAACUUUUCCCAAGCCCGGGGGCAGGCUGAGCCCGCCGAGCGGGCCGGGCGGGCCGGGCGGGCCGGGCGGGCGGGCGGCGGCUCCAAGCUGCAGGCCCUGUUCGCCCACCCGCUGUACAGGGUCCCCGAGGAGCCGCCCCUCCUGGGACCCGAAGACGAGCUGCUGGCCAGCCCCGAGGCGCUGCGCUAUUACCGGAGGAAGGUGGCCCGCUGGAACAGACGACACCGGAUGUACAGAGAGCAGUUGAACCUCACCUCCCUAGACCCCCCACUACAGCUCCGACCCGAGGCCAGCUGGGUCCAGUUCCACUUGGGGAUCAACCGCCAUGGGCUGUACUCCCAGUCCAGUCCCGUGGUCAGCAAGCUCCUGCAUGACAUGAGGCACUUUCCCACCAUCAGCGCCGAUUACACUCAGGAUGAGAAAGCCUUGCUGGGGGCUUGUGACUGCACACAGAUCGUGAAACCCAGCGGGGUCCACCUGAAACUGGUGCUGAGGUUCUCAGACUUUGGGAAGGCCAUGUUCAAACCCAUGAGACAGCAGCGAGACGAGGAGACACCCCCAGACUUCUUCUAUUUCAUUGACUUUCAGAGACACAAUGCAGAAAUUGCAGCUUUUCACCUGGACAGGAUUCUGGACUUCCGACGGGUGCCACCAACAGUUGGAAGGCUGGUGAAUGUCACCAAGGAAAUCUUAGAGGUCACCAAGAAUGAAAUCUUGCAAAGCGUUUUCUUUGUCUCUCCAGCCAACAACGUGUGCUUCUUCGCCAAGUGCCCGUACAUGUGCAAGACAGAGUAUGCAGUGUGUGGGAACCCACACUUACUGGAAGGCUCCCUCUCUGCCUACCUGCCAUCUCUCAACCUGGCCCCCAGGCUGUCUGUGCCCAAUCCUUGGAUCCGCUCCUACUCGCUGGCAGGAAAAGAGGAGUGGGAGAUCAAUCCCCGUUACUGUGACACAGUCAAACAGAUCUACCCUUACAACAGCAGCAACCGGCUUCUCAAUGUCAUUGACAUGGCCAUCUUCGACUUCUUGAUCGGAAACAUGGACCGCCAUCACUAUGAGAUGUUCACCAAAUUUGGAGAUGAGGGAUUCCUUAUUCAUCUUGACAAUGCUAGAGGGUUCGGACGCCAUUCCCAUGAUGAGAUCUCCAUCCUCUCGCCUCUCUCCCAGUGCUGCAUGAUAAAAAAGAAAACCUUUCUGCACCUGCAGUUGCUGGCCCAGGCCGACUACAGACUCAGCGAUGUGAUGCGGGAGUCCCUUCUAGAAGACCAGCUCAGCCCAGUCCUCACAGAACCGCACCUCCUGGCCCUGGACCGCAGACUCCAAAUCAUCCUCCAGACCGUGGAGGGCUGCAUAGAAUCCCACGGGGAGCACAGGGUCAUAGCCGAUGGCCCAUCCCGACAGCCAGCCUCGGCCUUGGGCCAGGCUAAUCUGACAAGCUAGUGACUGCCAAGGAUUGAUUUCAGCACACACCUGAGCCAGCAGGGGACCCUGUGCAGAUGGCAGCUUCCUCACAGUGCUGGGGGCCAAGGAGGCAGACAUGUUUGAAACAGCAAAUGGGAUCCACUGAGCUUCAUCCUAACCCCUUGACAGAGGCCACUGCUUCAAUAGAGCACUAUGGGGGUUUCGUUGCCCCACAAAGCAAGGGCUCCUUCAAGGAUACAGACCCAUCUUCUGAGCACACUGGGAAAUCUGCACAGGGGCCAGGCCUGGAAGGUUUGGGAGCCCUGUGACCAGACUGUCUUGACCGUAGCAAGUCCAAUAAAAGGACAUCAGUUAGGUA